AUGGACAAGAAUAGAAGGGUACGGGAUAACGAGCAGCUGAGCUACACGGGCGGCACACGUCGAGUGGACGCCAUCGCUCUAGCUGCAGUAGGCGAAUGUCAUCAGCCCCAUGCCCAAAAGUCCUGCACAGCAGCACGGAACGCCCACUGCCUGUGCUUGCCCCCUUGGGCCGUGGGGGCAAUGCGGGGUACAUGGGCUUCCCCGUUUGAAGUCCAUCGUGUAGGAAGGGAAGCGGAAGCCGGUGACGAACGUCUUUGGCCACCACAGGUUGUGACUCGAAUGAGACACAACCCUCCCUUCCUGCCAUCUAUGCAACCAAAGUUACAGCGCGCAUGUAAAAACGGCUCGCAGUCAAACCCACGCCCGCCGUGGUAUCUUCUGCAGCCGCUCCGUACCGCACCUACACAGGGCGGUGGUCACGGGUCUAUUGCCCUGGGAGAACACGUACACGCAGAGCGGAUGCUCACGUGUACGGAUGGACUCGAUGGCUGUGUCGACGUCCUUCAUGUGGACGACGGACAGGACUGGGCCGGAUAUCUCUCGAAAAUGGCGUCAACAAUCGGGCAGAACGAUGAGGAGAUUUUGGACACGUAUUCGUUCACAAGCAUGUCAUCUCUCGCGGCGUUGUCAACGAUCGUCGGAGUGAUGAAGCGCUCUUUGACGUUCCUCGUCCCGCCACAUAUCACGGAGCUUUUGGUCCCGUCGGGCAGACGCUUGAUGCGUACUGCAUGCGGUUUUGCCACGAUCUUUGCGAUAGACUCCGACUUAAAGACGCGGAGCUGCCGAACGGCGACUUCGGCGAGUUGGAAGAUGACAGAAGCCGCUCAUCAUAUGAAACAAUUUGUAGAAAAGGAGGACCACAGGGGUAGAGGCGUCGCGGAACAGGAACGGGACAGCGCACCAAGAACCGCGGAUGGCCCGUCUCUUCAGCCAGAUGUCGGCUCCAGCAUCGUCGCCGACGAUCGUGGGCACGAUGAAGCACUCCUACGCGGACCACGGAUGCCCAAGGAAUCUUCUAUGUAA